AGAGCAGGGGUUUCCUCCCCUCACCCCGGCCCAGGCUACCCAGUCCCCACAACACCUCCCACUUCCCACUGUGGCCUGAGUGGGCUCAGGGGCUGCCCUUGACCUGGCCUAGAGCCCUCCCCCAGCUGGUAGUGGAGCUGGCACUCUCUGGGAGGGAGGGGGCUGGGAGGGAAUGAGUGGGAAUGGCAAGAGGCCAGGGUUUGCUGGGAUCAGGUUGAGGCAGGUUUGGUUUCCUUAAAAUGCCAAGUUGGGGGCCAGUGGGGCCCGCAUAUAAAUCCUCAGCCUGGGAGCCUGGCUGCCUUGCUCUCCUUCCUGGGUCUGUCUCUGCCACCUGGUCUGGCGCUGGCUGUGCUGGUCACUACCUUCCACAAGUACUCCUGCCAAGAGGGCGACAAGUUCAAGCUGAGUAAGGGGGAGAUGAAGGAACUUCUGCACAAGGAGCUGCCCAGCUUUGUGGGGGAGAAAGUGGAUGAGGAGGGGCUGAAGAAGCUGAUGGGCAACCUGGAUGAGAACAGUGACCAGCAGGUGGACUUCCAGGAGUAUGCUGUUUUCCUGGCCCUCAUCACUGUCAUGUGCAAUGACUUCUUCCAGGGCUGCCCAGACCGACCCUGAAGCAUAACUCUUGACUCCCUGCCAUGGAUCUCUUGGGCUCAGGACUCUCGAUGCCUUUGAGUUUUGUAUUCAAUAAACUUUUUUUGUCUGUUGAUAAUAUUUUAAUUGCUCAGUGAUGUUCCAUAACCCCGCUGGCUCAGCUGGAGUGCUAGGAGAUGAGGGCCUCCUGGAUCCUGCUCCCUUCUGGGCUCUGACUCUCCUGGAAAUCUCUCCAAGGCCAGAGCUGUGCUUUAGGUCUCAAUUUUAGAAUUUCAAACACCAGCAAAAAAUUGGAAAUCAAGAUAGGUUGCUGACUUUUAUUUUGUCAAAUAAAGAUAUUAAAAAAGGCAAA